GCGCCAAUCGCCGCCCGCCUCCCUCCCGCGCGGACGCGUUGCCGGGCAGCGGCCGCGGGGGGGCGCCGUCACCCCCCUCCCCCCCGCCAUGCUGAGGGCGAAGGUGCUGCUGGUGGGGCCGCGCGAGUCUGGGAAGUCGGUGCUGGCGAACUUCGUGUCGGAGAGCACGGAAGGGAUCGGGAGCUACAGCCCGACGCAGGGGGUGAGGAUCCUGGAGUAUGAGAAGCCAAACCUGAAUGGGAACAGCAAGGGAGCUGGGUGUCGAUUCGAGCUGUGGGAUUGCAGUGGUGACCAAAAGUUUGAAACGUGCUGGCCGGCUCUGAUGAAGGACUCUCAUGGGGUAAUAAUAAUCUUCAACCCUGAGCUGCCCAGUCACCUGAAAGAAAUUGAGAUGUGGUACUCCUGCUUCGUGCAGCAGCAGCCACUGCUCGACAGUCAGUGUCUCCUGGUGGCACAUCACAAGCCAGGCAGUGCAGAGGACACAGAAAACCUGUCCCUGGCUUACCCACUGAACAAACUAAAACUAAUACAUUCCAACUUGGAGGAAGAUCCUGAAGAUGUUCGGAUGGAAUUCAUGAAAUACUUCAGAAGCAUUAUCACCAUAAUGAAUGAGAGCAGAGAGAGGGAAGAAAUGUCAAUUAUCUCAUAACAUUAAAAAAAAGUACUGAACAGGGAAGAAAAAAUUAUAGUUUCCCCCUUGUAAGCCUGUGAAUGGGUCCUCACAAGGAGAAUUUGCCAGCCUAUAAACACUUCAGCCUGGAAAGAAGUGCUGACAUCAGGUGAGCUGUGGUGCCAAGGAGAGGGCUGCACAUCCAGCAGUCUGGGUAACUUUACAGCUGCACUUUGGCAUCAGAAGUACAGGAAGGGAUUUUUUAAUAUGUUAGUGUGGACCAAAAGAGAAAGGUUUGGGUCAUCCCUCACAGAAGCCCUUUGUGCAGAGGGCUCAGAGAAUGAGGCCUGACAGAACAGAUUUGUGGAGUUGUGCUGAAGCAUCUGAGUAAAGGGCUCAUGUUAGCUGGGUUCCUGGGCAAGUUAUGCCCUUGGAAGUCAGAACACACUGACUGGACUAGAGAUCUGAGAGUAGUCAUGGUGUGGAAUCCACUUUUUUUUAUGUUCUUCCUGCACAGCCAUUGCCUUGGCCUGACGGAGCUGGUUGCAGUCCUUCUCAGGACUAGGUUUUUCUUCUAUUCCAACAAAAUACACAUGUUGUGAGGACAAUGUUUAGGUCCCUCUGGGAGGAAAAGAAUUGAAAUCUCAGUGUAGUGCAAUAUUUUGACCUAUGUCAGGAGCUCCAACAGAGAAAAAAAUAGUUCUGCUUUCUCUAAGGAGGAAAAGCUGUUUCGAAACUUUUAUUACUGUUCCCUGUUGCAUUAAAAUAAGUGGUUUCAUAGAUAAUUUACUUUGACUUGUUUGGUUUGCACUCAUCCCUGUUAUUAGUGUGUUUUGCUGUGGAAGACAUUUUUUGUAACACUCAUUACUAAGGCAAUAAAAACAUUUUUAAAAUGU